GUCAUUACGUUCCGCACAGAGGCUAUGGCGCUUCUUCCUGACUGGAUGAUAACGCUGGUUGCCACCGUAUCCUUCUUCUGUAUAUUCUGCAUAUGUGUUCGCUACAGACGCACAGGACAAGUGUUUUGGAGGAAAGUGUUGACCAAAAUAAUGGCCCGCACGGAGAAGCCGUUGUUCCGAAUCGCGUACACACUCUACACCAGGACCAGAUUGGGCUACAUGUACUACAAGAGGCAAAUGAGGAAAGCCCGAGAACAUUACCCAGCUGGACAUUCCACAGCUCAUCCCAUGGAGUUCAAUGGUAUCAAAAUAAUUCCCAUCUCGGUACUGUCUGACAACUACAGCUAUCUUGUAAUUGACACGGCUUCCAGUGUUGCAGUUGCUGUAGACCCUGCAGACCCUCAAACAGUUCAGGCAGUCCUCGAGGAAGAAGGAGUGACGUUAGAAGCAAUUCUCUGUACACACAAGCAUUGGGAUCACAGUGGGGGAAACAAAGGGUUGAAAAGGCUUCACAGUUCAUGCAGAGUUUAUGGAAAUGCAGCUGACAACAUUCCUGGCCUCACGCACCCUCUCUCACACAAGGACUCGGUAACAGUUGGCCAUAUGCAUUUUAAGGCCCUCUUCACUCCUGGACACACAGUGGGCCACAUGAUCUACCUCUUAGAUGGCCGGGGGGUUGGCGCCCCUUCCAGCCUCUUCUCUGGUGACCUGGUGUUCCUCUCAGGAUGUGGGAGGAUGUUUGAAGGCAGUGCCACAACAAUGCUGUCAUCUCUGGAUACAGUCGCCUCCUUGAGUGAUGAUACUUUAUUAUGGCCAGGUCAUGAGUAUGCAGAGGACAACCUGCUGUUUGCUGCUGAGGUUGAGCCACGCAACGCUGCCAGGGAAAACAAAUAUCAGUGGGUGCUGCACCAGCGAGGCCAGAAGCUGUGCACGAGUCCCUCCACUAUCGGAGACGAGAGGCAGUACAAUCCUUUCCUGCGCAGCCACUCUGCGGAUCUUCAUCUGGCCCUGGGCCUCCAGCAGUACCAGGACGAGGACUGGACUCAGUUCAGGGCUCGGGUGCUGGAGGAGCUGCGAAAACGCAAAGACCACUACAACAGGAGAUAGAAGUGGUAACACUAAGACCAGAAGUUGGCUGAACACCGACGAACAGAGGAGGGUGCUCACCUGAACUGGAAGUGGUACUAAAACAGCAAACUGCAGUUGUAAAGUAACGAUGAGCGCAGCUCUGAGGUACUGUAUUAAAGGCCACGGCUGUUCAAAGAAACCAGUUUUGUAAAUUUAAAGGGGCAUUGAAUAAUUUAUGACUUUUAUCAACAUGUAUCAGAACCACUAGUCACAACUUCAUUACUGCAUGAUAUUAAUCACAAAGCCUCUGACCUCUUCAUAUACUGUAUAUUAUGCAAAAAAAAGUUUUGUUUAUAAACAGAACAAUGUGGCCUCUUUAACAGAGAGACAUAAACUGUAAAAUUUACUAGUAGGUGCAACCAGAUUUCUGAUUCUGGUGUGUGAAACACAGGUUGCUGACUAGUGUGCACACUACAUGGGUUAAUUUAGCAUGUUAGGUACUGUGUUUUUUUUAUUGCACAACCUGGUUUAUUUUUAAGGCAAGUGAUAGGCUGCAUUGUUUUAGAAGCCAUGAAGAUCUUUGGUACGUUGGCUCUUAUUUGGUAUGCUGGUUUCACAUUUACCGUGCUGCUGAAGAGUCAUUAACCUCGCUGUGGAAGUUGAGAUUUUUGGACUUGAGUAUUUGAUUGUGAAAGAUAGAUUUUGUUAUUAUUUUCAACUGUAAUGGUACCAUUCAUUUACAAAAUUACACACACACACUCUUUCUGUUGUUACUUUGUGUUAAAGUCAGCACAAUGUAUGGAAAAAAUAUUUUCACAUAAAUCUUUGUUUGCUGAAUCCAACACCCAAUUCAGUUUUACCUUAAAAGAUGCAUGUGAUUGUACAGUGCCCCCCCCCCCAGUUUUAGUGGUUACUCUACACGAACAUGAACAGCAACGUAUGUGAAAGACUGGACUAGUAGUAGUACUUUGGAACCUAUGAAACGUGACUGAAAUUCUGUUGAGGAGAUUCUUUCCUAUGGUAGCCUAUACAAUUACCCAUAACUGCCAACAGUUAUAAUGAAGAUUAUUAAACACACAGGGUGGGGUUGAACCAAGUAAUAUGUAGGCAUACACUAUGAUUUGCAAUCACUUUGACUUUAGUUUAAAAUGUGUAUUGUGAAAGAUCUUUAAUUUUCUUUCUAUGUUUCUAUUGUAUGAGAAUAUAAUGUGACGUUGACUGUGGCAUCAUAGUCUGCAAGGAAUGUUUUUAUAGCCAAUUUAAAGCAAAUUUGUACAUAUUUUUUUAAUAUAUUGGAAGAUUUGUUAUACUGUGACAAGUCAAUGGAUGAACGUUAUUCCAGUAUAAUAAAAACAGUCUUCUUCCCAUGCA